AUGCCCUCCUGGGCCCUCUUCAUGGUCACCUCCUGCCUCCUCCUGGCCCCCCAAAACCUGGCACAAGUCACCAGCCAAGAUGUCUCCUUGCUGGCCUCGGACUCAGAGCCCUUGAACUGUUUCUCCCAAACAUUUGAGGACCUCACUUGCUUCUGGGAUGAGGAAGAGGCAGCACCCAAUGGGACAUACCAGCUGCUGUUUGCCUACCCAGGAGAGAAGCCCCGGGCCUGCCCCCUGAGUUCCCAGAGUGUGCCCCCCUUUGGAACUCGAUACGUGUGCCAGUUUCCAGCCCAGGAUGAAGUACGCCUCUUCUUUCCACUGCACCUCUGGGUGAAGAACAUGUUCCUGAAUCAGACUCUGACCCAGCGGGUACUCUUUGUGGACAGUGUGGGCCUGCCAGCUCCCCCCAGUAUCAUCAAGGCUGUGGGCGGGAGCCAGCCAGGAGAACUUCAGAUCCUCUGGGAGGCCCCAACUCCUGAAAUCAGUGAUUUCCUGAGGCAUGAACUCCGCUAUGACCCCAUGGAUCCCAGGAACUCCACUGGCCCCACAGUGAUACAGCUACUCUCCACAGAAACCUGCUGCCCGACUCGGUGGAGGCUCGGUGGAGCCUCCUCUCUGGACCAGCCUCCAUGUGCUCAGUCCAUAGCACCCCAACAGGAUGGACCAAUGCAAACCUCCCCGACUAAAGAAGCUCCAUCUCUGACAGUGAUAGGUGGAAGCUGCCUCAUCUCUGGCCUCCAGCCUGGCAACUCCUAUCAGAUCCAGCUACGCAGCCAACCUGAUGGGGUCUCCCUCCGGGGCUCCUGGGGCUCCUGGUCCUUACCUGUGACUGUGGACCUGCCCAGAGAUGCAGUGGCAAUUGGACUGCAAUGCUUUACCUUGGACCUGAAGAAUGUUACCUGUCAGUGGCAGCAACAGGAUUAUACUAACUCCCAAGGCUUCUUCUACCACAGUAGGACACAAUGCUGUCCCAGAGAUAGGGACCCCAUUUGGGAGAAGUGUGAAGAGGAGGAGGAAACAAAUCCAGGAUUACAGUCCCCUCAGUUCUCUCGCUGCCACUUCAAGUCACAAAAUGACAGUGUUAUUCACAUCCUUGUAGAGGUGACCACAGACCAGGGUGCUGUUCACAGCUACCUGGGUUCUCCUUUUUGGAUCCACCAAGCUGUGCUCAUCCCCACCCCAAACCUGCUUUGGAGGGAGAUCUCCAGUGGGCAGCUGGAAUUGGAAUGGCAGCACCCAUCACCCUGGGCAGCCCAAGAGACCUGCUAUCAGCUUCGAUACACAGGAGAAGGCCAUCAGGAUUGGAAGGUGCUGGAGCCACCCCUUGGGGCCCGGGGAGGGACCCUGGAGCUGCGCCCGCGAUCUCGCUACCACUUACAGCUGCGCGCCAGGCUCAACGGCCCCACCUACCAAGGCCCCUGGAGCGCCUGGUCUGACCCAGCGAGGGUAGAAACCACCUCCGAGACCGCCUGGAUCUCCUUGGUGACCGCUCUGCUCCUGUUGCUGGGCGUCAGCGCCCUCCUGGGCCUGCUGCUGCUGAGAUGGCAGUUUCCCGCGCUUUACAGGAGAUUGAGGCAUGCCCUGUGGCCCUCACUUCCAGACCUUCAUCGGGUCCUAGGCCAGUACCUUAGGGAUGGUGUGGUUCUGAGUCCGCCCAAGGCCACAGUCACAGAUACCUAUGAAGAAGUGGAACCCAGCCUCCUUGAAAUCUUACCUAAGUCCUCAGAGAGGAUGCCCUUGCCCCUGUGUUCCUCCCAAGCCCAGAUGGACUACCGAGGAUUGCAGCCUUCCUGCCUGGGAACCAUGCCCCUGUCUACAUGCCCACCCAUGGCUGAGUCAGGGUCUUGCUGCACUACCCACAUUGCCAACCAUUCCUACCUACCACUAAGCUGCUGGCAGCAGCCCUGCAGGCUGGCUCCUCACUCCCAAUACUCUGGACAGAUCUAGACCUCUCUGUGAACACUCUACUCUACCCUACCCUCCAACACCAACACCUCAGACCUCACUUCCAUCCCCCUCUGCCUGCCCACCUAGCUCAACUUCAUAGCACUAAUCUUUCCAUACUGCUGCUAUCAGAUCUGGGCCUCUUUCUCCAUAGCUAGGCUAAUUUCUCUGACUUUCACCUUCUCUCUCUCCUCUUGAAUGCCAAAUUCCACCUCCCAUUGACUCCAGAAUACUUGUAUUCAUUCCCCUACUACCACUUUGCUAAUGAAACUGCCCAAAGUUCACUUCAAAUCUUCUAAAUAUAAGAGCCCAUAGGAUCUUGUUAAUCAUCAAUUUAUUUGAUCUGUGACAUUUGUCAUAGUUGACUAAUUUCUCCUUUAAAGUCUUUCCUACCUUGGCUUCUAUCCCACUUUCUCUCCUGGUUCUGCUCUUGUCUCUCUGAGUAUACUGUUAGAGGAGGAACUAUGGAGCCAGGAUAAACUGUGGAGCCAGACUUGAGUUCAGUUUCUGUCUUUCAUACUUGUUAGCUGGCAGCCUUAGGCAAAUAACUGAAUGUCUUUGAUCCUUAGUUUCCCCAUCAAUAAAACAGGUAAUAACAGCACAAAGUCAUGAAAAGAAUUAGUGGGGUAAUCUAAGUAAAACAAAGUGCCUAGGAUAUAGGAAAUGCUUAAUAUUCCUUCUUCUGUUAUUCCAGAAUUUCUUCUUUAUUGCAGUCCUUCAAGAUUCCAUUCUUUGUUGUUUUUUUCCCUAGCAGUGCUGGGGAUGGAAUCCGGAACCUUGCUUUUGGCCAAGCAGCUACAUCCCCAGCUCCAAGACUCCAUUCUUAAUCUCCUACCUGUGUGUUCUCAUUGACCUUACUAUAUGCUGACAAUUCCAAAGUUCUUAGCUCCAGUCCAGACUUCUGUAGUACCUGUGAUGCUUUAUGCAAGUAACUUUACAUGUCCCUGCUACUAGAUUGUGAGUUCCUUGGUGGAGCGGGGGUGGGCAAGGACCAUGAUUUAUUUGUCCUUUUACUCUAGCACCUAGAAUAUUACUGGUACAUGAUAGUAGACCUUCAAUAAAUGUUUUCUAAAUGAAUAAAAUCUUUCUGGACAAUGUUACCUUAACCUCAUACCAACCCUUCAUGCUCUAAAGCAUUCAUAAGCAGCAAUAAGUGUGCUUAAGCCACUCUAGUUAUGGAUUCCCCUACCCAUUCUAAUUCUCAAACAAAUGAUUUUUUGUUUGUUUGCUAGCUCCAAAUAUACCCCCUGUAUUAAGUCAGGGCCUUGGCAGAAGCCCAGGUUA